CUGGCCAGCGUGUGUCCACGUGACGCCAGGAGGCCGCCCCAUUGGCCCUCGCAGCCGGGACUUCGCCGGCUUUGCUCCACGAUCCUCAAGGCUCCGAGACGCUUCCCUCCCUUCUGGUUCCCGGAACUGCUGUCUCGAGGAUCCAGACCGAGCCGGGCCGGCACCAUGACGACCCUGGAUGACAAGUUGCUGGGGGAGAAGCUGCAGUACUACUACAGCAGCAGUGAGGACGAGGACAGCGACCGUGAGGACAAGGACGGAGGCCGGGGCGCCCCUGCCAGCAGUGCCAUGCCUGCAGAGGCUGAGCUGGCAGGCGAAGGCAUCUCGGUGAAUACAGGUCCCAAAGGUGUGAUCCAUGACUGGCGUCGCUACAAGCAGCUGGAGACGGAGCAAAGGGAGGAGCAGUGCCGGGAGAUGGAGCGGCUCAUCCAGAAGCUGUCCAUGACCUGCAGGUCCCACCUGGACGAAGAGGAGGAGCAGCGGAGGCAGAAGGACUUAGAGGAGAAGAUCAGUGGAAAGAUGACCCUGAAGGAGCUGGCCAUGAUGAGCGAGGACCAGGAUGAUGAAGCUUUCCUGCAGCAGUACCGGAAGCAGAGGAUGGAGGAGAUGCGGCAGCAGCUUCACAGGGGGCCCCAGUUCAAGCAGGUUUUCGAGAUCCCCAGCGGAGAAGGGUUUUUAGACAUGAUCGACAAGGAACAGAAAAGCACGCUCGUCGUGGUCCACAUUUACGAGGACGGCAUCCCGGGCACCGAGGCCAUGAACGGCUGCAUGAUCUGCCUGGCCGCCGAGUACCCGGCCGUCAAGUUCUGCCGCGUGAGAAGCUCGGUCAUUGGGGCGAGCAGCCACUUCACCAGGAACGCCCUCCCAGCCCUGCUCAUCUACAAGGGAGGCGAGUUGAUCGGCAAUUUCGUGCGCGUCACCGACCAGCUGGGGGAAGACUUCUUCGCCGUGGACCUCGAAGCGUUUCUGCAGGAGUUUGGGUUACUCCCAGAGAAGGAGGCCCUGCUGCUGACGUCAGUGCGCAACUCUGCCACCUGUCACAGCGAGGACAGCGACCUGGAGAUAGACUGAAGCCAGGGGGUGCGGCUGCAUGGGUCGCUCGUUGCGGGGCUAGAAGGCACGUGUCUGCUGCUUCGUCCCUUGCUGUGUCUGCUGGCUCCUCAGC